CCAUGUGCGACAGUGACUGUUGCGGGAGUUGUUGGCUAAUCUUCAGGACCCUGGCGGGGUUCGCUCUCUACAUCGCGGACUUCGUCACAGAUGUCAUCCUGGCGGCGGAGUAUUACAGGAACGGCCACUACACCUGGUUCGGCCUGACGCUGGGGUUUGCCUUGGGGCCGCAGAUCAUUGUAAACAUCGUCUUAGCGUACCUGGAUGAUGACUGCGAUUGCUGCCCGUACGGCUGCAAGUGGUCACGCUGGGUGUACAUGCUUCCGCUAGGUGUUCCGAUCAAAUACCUCCAGGUUUUGUGCUCUUUUGUCUGUGGCGACCUCAGUCCUGAAGACAUCCUGAGGGCCCGCCGGACUGAACGGCAGGCAACCCAGCACCCUGAGGCUCGCCUCGUGACCCACCUGCUACCGCUGGCCAGACUCGUCGGCACCCUGCUCGAGUCCCUCCCGGAACUCUGCCUGCAGAUCUACAUCCUCCUCCAGCAGCGGUCACUCUCGCACAUGGUGGUCUUCUGUUCGUUAAGUCUAUAG